AUGCAUCGUUAUCAUUGUCUGGUUCUCCUGUUGGUUUUCUUACUUGGUGGAGAAGCCCAAGACGGCCCAACUGAAAGUGAUAACCAGGUCCCUCCUCCUGGAAAACUGUGGUACACCAUCUUCAUUAUUGCUGGGAUUGUGUUGUUUGUCGUCAUAGUGAUGGUCAUAACCCUCUACGUUAUCAAACGUCGAGUUUCUCCAGAACCAGCACCUCCUAAAACACCUCCCCUCAGCUCUGACACACAACAUAGGUGUGGCCUGUGUGAACGGGUUCUAACAGAUCCAGUCUCCAGCAGGUGUGGUCACAGUUUCUGCAGGCAAUGUAUCAGCAAAUACUGGGACCAGACCAGUUCAUCAGAAGACAAUGCCUGUCCCCUGUGUAGAGUGAAUCCAAGAAGACAUGCUGGUCUAAACCAAUACAAAGAAUCCAUCUCAGCAGUGGAUGUUGUCCUGCAGAGAACAGUUGAGUGUCAUAAAACUGCAUUGAAAAAGAAGCAUGAACACUUAUUUGAGGGCAUCAAGCGAGAGGGAAACCAAACUGUCCUGAACAGCAUUUACACACAACUCUACAUCACAGAGGGAGAGAGUGAAGGGGUGGAAAAUGAUCAUGAGAUUAUAAAGAUUGAGACAGCAUCCAGGAGACAAACCUCACAAGACACACCAAUCAGCUGUAAUGACAUCUUCAAACCUUUGACGACACAAGAACCCAGAGGAGACAGAGAAGUAAAUGAAAUCAGAACAGUGCUCACUAAGGGCAUAGCUGGCAUUGGAAAAACAGUCUCUGUACAGAAGUUUGUGCUUGAUUGGGCAGAUGGAAAAGCCAAUCAGGAUGUGGAUUUUCUGAUUGUACUUCCUUUUCGGGAGCUGAACAUAGUUAGAGAUAAACAGUACAGUCUUCAUGGACUUGUGUUAGAGUUUCACCCAGAACUGAGAGAACUGGACCCAAACAAAUAUGAUGAUUGUAAAAUGGUGUUCAUUUUCGAUGGUUUAGAUGAGAGUCGAAUUCAACUGGAUUUUUCUCACACAUUGUCUGAUGUGAAAAUGUCAUCAUCAGUAGACAUACUGACAUCAAACCUCAUUAAAGGAAAUCUUCUUCCUUCUGCACUCGUCUGGAUAACCUCGCGACCAGCAGCGGUCAACCAGAUCCCCUCUCAGUUUCUAAGUCGUGUGACAGAAAUUCAAGGAUUCAGUGACUCACAGAAAGAAGAAUACUUCAAAAAAAGAGUCAGUGAUCAGAAUCAAGCCAGCAAAAUCAUCUCACACAUCAAGACGUCUAGGAGCCUCCACAUCAUGUGUCACAUUCCAGUGUUCUGUUGGAUUUCAGCCACUGUGCUUCAGAAGAUGCUGAAUCAAGACAACGAUAAAGAGAUCCCAAAAACACUGACUGAAAUGUAUAUAUACCUUCUCCUCAUUCAGACCAACACAAAGAACCAGAAAUAUGAGGAGAAAGUGGAGAGCAACCCAAAGGAUCUUCUGGAGGCAAACAAAGAAAUCUUUCUGAAACUUGCUGAGCUGGCUUUCAAACAGUUGCUGAGGGGAAAUAUCACAUUUUAUGAAGGGGAUCUAAAAGAAUGUGGCAUCGAUGUCAGUGAGGCCAUUGUGUACUCUGGGAUUUGCACUGAGAUCUUUAAGGAGGAAGCUGUGCUUCAUCAGAAGAAGGUCUACAGCUUUGUGCAUCUGAGUGUUCAAGAGUUCUUUGCAGCUCUUCAUAUUUUUCACUCUUACAUGACCAAGAACAUGGAGGUACUUCAUGAGUUUCUGGAGGAAAAGUCAAUCGGUAGGCCGCAGUUUUUCUUCUUGGAUAAGCUGUUGAAGGGAGCAGUUGAUCGAGCCCUGAAGUGUAAGACUGGACGCCUAGAUCUGUUCCUCCGCUUCCUUUUCGGCAUCUCACUGGAGUCCAACCAGAAGAUCCUACAGGGCCUACUGCCACACACAGAGGACAGCUCAUGGAAUCUUCAGAAUUCAAGCAAAUACAUAAAACAGCUGGACAGGGAAGACAUCACUCCAGAGAGAUGCAUCAAUCUACUGCACUGUCUGAGUGAAAUGAAUGAUUACUCUAUUCGUAAAGAAAUUCAAGAUUUUCUCAAAUCAAAAAAUUAUGCCACCAAGCUCUCACUUGCACACUGCACAGCACUGGUCUCUAUGCUGUUGAAGACAGAGGAAGUUCUGGAUGAGUUUGACCUGAAGAAAUAUGGCACAUCAGAGGAGGGUCGUAGGAGACUGAUUCCAGCCGUGAGGUGCUGCAGAAAAGCUCUAUUUGCUGGCUGUAAAAUCAAUGUACAGUCCUGUGAAAUUAUAGCUACAGCAAUGCAGUCAGUAAACUCACCCCUGAGAGAGCUGGACCUGAGUGACAAUGACCUGCAGGAUUCAGGAGUGAGGCUGCUCUCUGCUGGACUGGCGAGUCCACACUGUACACUGGAGAUACUAAGGCUAUCUGGCUGUUUAAUCACAGGGGAAGGCUGUUUUUCACUGGCUUCAGCCCUGAGUUCAAACCCCUCACACCUGAGAGAGCUGGAUCUGAGCUACAAUCAUCUAGGAGAGUCAGGAGUGAAGAUGCUUUCAGAUAGCCUGAAGAAUCCUCACUGUAGACUAGAGAAACUCAAUGUUGACCAUGGAGGAGAGAUCAGGAUGAAACCAGGACAAGGAAAAUAUACCUGUGAACUGACACUGGACCCAAACACAGCACACACAUCUCUCUCUCUGUCUGAAGGGAACAGAACGGUGAAGCGUGGCAGGAGGCAGUCAUAUCCUGAUCACCCGGAGAGAUUUCAAUUUUUGGAACAGGCGUUGUGUAAGGAGAGUUUGUCUGGACGGUGUUAUUGGGAGGUCGAGUGGGCGGGUGAAGGAGCCCGUGUUGGAGUGACAUAUAAGGGAAUCAAUAGGAAAGGAGAGAAACGUGACUGCGUUCUUGGACUCAAUGAUAAGUCCUGGUGUCUAUACUGCACCGAGAAUUGCUACUAUGCCUGGCAUGAUAAUAUUCGCACUCGCAUAAAUGCUGUAAAACCCUUUGGCAGAGUAGGGGUGUAUUUGGGCUGCACGGCUGGGAUUCUGUCAUUCUACAGCAUGUGCCCUGAUACAAGCACACAGACCCAUGUACACACAUUCCAUACCAAAUUCACUGAACCCCUUUAUCCUGGAUUUUGGCUCAGUACUGACUCCUCAGUGUCCCUGUGUGAGAUAAAGUAA